AAGUUAAAUUACCUGCUGACUCGUAUACUCGAUUCUGCAGCCUCUGAGACUCCCAAAAUAGUAACCAAAGAAAAAAAUUUUAAACACAGAGAGAGAGAGAGAGAGAGCGCGCUGCCGGGAGAAGGGCAGCUCGGGGUGCCGUUUGGCUUGGCUUAUGGGGUCUCCUUACUGAGUUUUUCGAUGCGAAGCAACGCCAAAGCUGAGCUAUUCUUUUGUUUGUUUAUGCCUCCACCAUUCCCCUCGGUUACUUCUCUUCGGCCGUUUCCUCAACUUUUUUAGCUGAGUACAGAAGAAACAGUUGUUACUGUGGAGCAUACAGAACAAUCUGGGUUCUCUGGUUUUCGAUUCUUUGGAUCUCUUCUCCUCUGUUUCUCCAACAGCUAUGGUAGAAGAUAUGUGUUUCUUCAACAAGGUUAGGGCUUUUGCCGUUGCAGUUGAAUAGGGCAAGAAACUGUGAGGUGGACUCUAAGAAGAAUGCUUCGAGCUUCUCUGCAUGCUUCGAUCGGGGUUGCUGUUUGAAUAUAUAUUACAAAUUUAUAGACUGUUGCGUGGUUCUUAGCUGAAAUUAAUGCUUCUAGAAUUCCUAUGGUCCGUCGCACUUUGUUUUCUCCAACUACUUGAUAAUUUGUAUGAUUCGACCAAGAUAUCUGCUUUUCUGGGGAACUGGGGUCGCAAGAAUGCGCAUUUGAUGAGCUUGCAAUGUUCCCAUUUCCCUGCUCCUCGACAAUUAAUUUCUCUUGUCGGACUUCGCAGGAUAUUCUCGUUAUAAAGCCUCCGAAGAAAUCUCCGUUGUUGUUAAGGACGGCAGUUCUAAUAUUUUCAGUGGUUUGCGGUAUCUUCAUUUGUUCGGUCUGCCUAAAACAGAUAACCUCACGUGCAAGGACUAAGUUUCUGGAGAUGCAUGUCAUUGAGAAGCCUUCUCAGCACAGAAUAAAGCCACCGGAUGUUCCCUGCUUACAUUAUCCCAAACCUGUAUCUUUUAGCCGGGAUGAGUGUGCUCGUAAUCCUGUACAGUACUUUGUCAUUUUGUCCAAUCAGAGAUCAGGCAGUGGAUGGUUUGAGACUCUUUUGAACAGUCAUGUUAAUGUGAGCUCAAACGGGGAAAUAUUUUCUGUUUAUGAUAGAAGGAGAAAUAUUUCUUCGAUUGUACAGACUUUAGAUAAAGUUUAUAAUUUGGAUUGGUUCAGUAGUGCCUCCAAGAAUGAGUGCUCUGCUGCAGUUGGCUUGAAGUGGAUGUUCAAUCAGGGAUUAUUGGAGCACCACAAAGAUAUAGUAGACUACUUUAACAGAAGAAGUGUCUCUGUUAUAUUUCUAUUUCGGAGAAACUUGCUACGCAGGAUGGUUUCAAUGCUUGCCAAUUCCUAUGAUCGUUAUGCGAAGUUAUUGAAUGGAACUCACAAGUCUCAUGUACAUUCUCCUGAAGAGGCUGAUACUCUUGCGAAGUAUAAGCCCACCUUAAAUUCUUCAUCACUGCUAGCUGACUUGAAGGAAAUGGAGAUGAAAACUGCAAUGGCUUUGGAAUACUUCAAUAGCACUCGCCACAUGCUCCUGUACUAUGAGGAUCUUAUGAGUAAUCGCACUAAGCUUAAAGACGUGCUAGAGUUUUUAGGAUUGCCGCGGAUGGAUUUAAGAAGCAGGCAGGUUAAGAUACAUAGAGGACCGCUGUCAGAAUACAUUAAGAAUUGGGAUGAUGUUAAGAGAACGCUGAAUGGAACUAUAUACGAGAGUUUUCUGGAGGCUGAUUGUUAGUGGAAAUCAACCAAUAUCGUCAGUCAGUUAGCCAUUAUCAUUAUAAAAUAUAAAAAGCAUAGAAAGUCGCGUUAUUCACAAGUCGUGAAUAAUGUGAGGCAUAUCUUUGGCGAUAACCCUAGCAAAUUGUUGAAAAGGGUCAAAUAAUAGUUUCACUGAUAUUGCCCCUGCGAGCCUCAGCUCACCCUAUUUGUUUUCACCCAUGCGUCCAUCUGUGCCAACACUCCGUUGAUCAAAGAUACGUCGGUUCCUUUGUAUUUUUGGUUAUUAGUUCUGAACAAUCAGAAUGAUCCUGUAUAUACUCGCUUAUUUAUUCGAGUCAAUAUGAGUAUUUUGUUUUGGGA